AUGGAUAGAAAAUCAGAAGAAUUUGAAUCCAUGGGGAUCUUUGAUAUCUACAGAGAAGCUUAUAAGGUUACAAUGUCAUCGAGAAAGAUCUUUUCACAGAUCGUCCUUGCUCUAAUCCUUCCAUUUGCUUUGGUUACCCUAGCACAAAUAGAAAUAGUCCAACUACCCAUCACCAACAAUCUCUCCAACUUAAUCUUCACGCUUUUCCAUUCUGUUCUCUUACAGCUAUUGACUUCGGCUGUCGUUUACACGGCAGCUUGUGCCUAUUGUUCCAAAGAUAUCACUUCUAAGAAAGUUAUGAUUGCAGUACCUAAAUUAUGGAAGAGGCUCGUGAUCACUUACUUGUGGGUUUUCUUAAUCUCGUUUGUGUAUAGUUUUUUACUAAUCAUACUGAUGGUGAUUCUGUUUGUAGUACCUGGAAUCUUGUCGGACCAAGUCGCUCUGAAAUCAACUAAAAUCAUGUCUGUUCUAGUCGUUAUUUUACUCAUCCUUUACAUGAUUGGAGCCAUUUACAUCAUCUUGAUUUGGUACAUGGCCAGUGUAGUAUCCAUUUUGGAAGACAUUAGAGGAAUUAAAGCUAUCAAGAAAGGCAAGAACUUGAUUAAGGGUAAUUUUUGGAUUGUUUUCGUCACCUUUUUUCUGCUGCUAAUCUGUAAUAUGGGAACAGUAUUUUCCUUUAGCUCUCUGGUCGUACAUGGGGAAUCAUUGGCUAUGGUUGUUCGAGUGGUUUUGGGAAUUUGUUGCUUGUUGUUGCUGGUGAUACUCAUUCACUUUGGCCUAGUAACGCAAACAAUCGUCUACUUCGUUUGCAAGUCAUAUCACAAAGAGAACAUUAAUAAGUCUAACCUUGGCGAUCACUUGGAUGACUAUCACAUCGGGUAUUAUGUCCCUCUAAAUAAGGACGAAGACCUUCAGCUAGGAGGGAAUGCUGUCUAG